AUGGAGAAUAAGGAUGAGGUUGAGGCAGAGAACCUGAUAGCUCAUGAUGGGCUAGCCGACAGAAACGAAAGCCCAACGGGCGAAAAAACUCCAACACAGGCGACAGUCCCUACCUACAAGUUCAAGAAGUGGGUGGAUAGCUUCCGAGCACGCAAAUAUGCGAAUCCAUACGUCUCCGAAAGACUCGUGGAGGGUUGGCCGAAUGAUUCUCGUAUAGAAACUGCCAAACAAAGACGUGAACGUCUCUUGGAACUGGACUUGGAGUGGGGGAUAAGCUCUGGAAAUUGGUCACAACAGGAAUGCAACACCCCCACCAUGAGCCUUACAAGCGAAAGUAUAGCGAGAUCAAGGGCGACAACACAAAGCACAAUAACGCAAAGCGAACUCUCUGUGCGGCAUUCCGGAGACAGUUCCCGACCAAAGUUUAGCCCCUAUGCGGAUGAGCAAUCGAAAAUUCGAGCCAACAAGAGGCGUCUUGCGCUCCAGGAACUGACCGGGACUGAGGAGGACUAUGUACUUGGCCUCAAGGCUUUGACUGGGGUACUCUCGUUAUUCGAUGUCAGAAUGCAGAUCCAACACAACAUUCAACAGAUCUGUGAAAUUCACGAUCACUUUCAAGGCCGUUUACAGGAGGUGUCACCUUUAUCGAGUCGUCAAACUCCAGAAGAGGCCUCCGAUAUUCUUUCCCGUGCAUCGUCAAAGCGCUCGAGCGGCUUCCGAGGACUAAAGACUCUGCAGACUGGGUCGCUGAGAACCCGCAAGUUCAAAGCAAGAAUCAAUCAAGACUGUAGAAGUCUGUUCGCGGAUCCAGCUGAAGUUCUGGAGGUAGCACGGGAAAUUGAAAGACUUGUGAAGACUUCAUCUUUCUCGGCGUAUGAAAAGUUCUGCAGCAACUAUGAAAUUCUAUCAGAGGAUGUCGCCAUUCUGCGUCGUUCAAUCCCGAAUUGGUCGAUCUAUGAUCAGGGCAUUGAAGCGUUGUCAAAGUCUGUUGUUUCUAUGAAUAGUCUCAGACACGAGGAGAACAGGUCAAUGUCAAUGGCUGAUUUGAUGGUGAAGCCCAUCCAGCGCCUGUGCAAAUACCCACUGCUUCUCAACGAUCUCCUCCGGGAGACACCUGUCGGUGACUGCCCAACUUCUCAUGAAGGAAUCCAACAUAUCCUGGACAACAUACGGGGCCUUGUUCAACAGAUCAAUGCAGCUACUGGUAAUCCAGUUAACCAGGAUCGCAUCAAAAAGACUUUGGCCCUACAGAAGAGAAUUCAAUUCAGUGACUCGUACGUGCUACAAGAUAUAUACAAAGACCUUGGGCCAAUGACUCUAUGCGGGGUGCUAUAUGUCACCUAUCAGACACCAGAACUCAUCACUGGUGAUUUCAUGGUAUGCGUUUUAUUCCGUAGUUAUUUUCUCAUCGCAAAAUCUAUUGAUGAUUCCAAUCGACUGGAACUUGUGGCUUGUAUAUAUGUGCGUGAAUCAUGCUCGACCGUUAUCCCAACUGGACAGGGAAUCUACUACUACGAUUGUCCGUUCACCUGGAAGAUCUUGUUUUCGGACCAAGAUGGGAACUUCGAACUUGUGCUUAGCGCAUCCUCCGCCACUGAAGAAAAGCAGUGGCGCACGGAAAUGUUGAAAUGUCCAGUGCCUCCCGAAGCACGAAAUCCCCACAAGUACUCUCUCCUGACCCUUGUUCUUGUACCUUUGGACAAGGCCUCGUACGGAGCGGGCUCUCUUUCACGAAGGUCCAUGGAUGCUGUGUCAAUUUCACGCAGGUCCACGUCCCAGCACGUAGUCAUUCGGAAGACGCGUUGUCCACGCAGCUAUGACGAGUCCACGAAUACUAGCAGUGAGAUCGACCGACCCAAGUCUUCACUUGCACGUACUCCAUGGGUUGUGACUGCAAGGCGAGUGGAUCGGAUCCGACUAGAGAAGCUGAUUUCGGAGUACUAUACGCGCGACGUGUUGCCAUGGCCAGGAAUGAUCCUUGGCCGAGGGGACAUGUUGUUCGGUCGUGGGUCGAUCAUGAGACAUCUCAGUCUGCACAAAGGCUUCGCCAGGCGGUCCACCUCGAUUAGCUCUACUCAUUCUGGGCCCGUAGUCACCGAAACACAAGCCAUCGACGAUUAUAACGGGGAGGAAAAGGAAUUGAUCACAAGUCAGGACGGAUGUGGCGACCAGUACUCGCCAAUGACGGAUUGUGAAUCGCCCAAAACACCCACAUCAAUUCUCGGGCGCUCCAGGACCGUCCGGUUUGGACCUAAUACGGGCAAGAAGUCACUGACUUUACCCCGCGGCGAGAACCGUCCGAGCCAGGAGAGCAACUUGGAAACAACGCCUCCACGCAAGAAGUGGAGCUCACCGAUGACCUUGUUGAGUGUAUUAUCACCGAAGAAUCUCAUCCGGUCUCGUGCGGAGACAGGGACGGAGGGUUGA